AUGGGCGUCGCGGUGAAGGGUGAACCAAAGGUGACGGAUUGCUUGAUAAACGCGACGGAUAUGGCGGCGAAACGGGACGAUACGUACGCGGCGGAGUUGACGAAGCUCGAGGAUAAGCACGUGUCCACGGCGAAGGCUUUGUUGACGGAUAAAGCCGAGUACGACGCGUACAUCGCGGCGUUCAACGAGGAAUUGAACGAUUUACGAGCGAUGUUUAAGGCUAUUUACAUCGCCGGUUGCUCGACCGAUGCGUUCGGGGAUUUCGUCGUCGGACACGGAGAGCUCUGGACGGCGCGCUUGUGCGCGGCGACGAUUCGCUGCAAGGGGGGCAAGGCGGUCUGGAUCGACGCGCGAGACAUUCUCGUCGUCACAGAAUCCGAGGACGGCGGCGUGGACGUCGACUACAGCUUGUCCAACGCGAACUUGGAUAAGUGGUACGACGAGCAUAUGCAAGAGGGCGCCGUGGUCAUGGUGACUGGUUUCAUCGCGAGGACGCCGGAGGGCGUGCCGACGACGCUCAAACGUAACGGUUCCGAUUACUCCGCCACAAUUUUCGGUGCGCUCACGCAAGCGAGAAAUAUCACCAUCUGGACCGACGUCGAUGGCGUAUUCAGCGCCGAUCCUCGCCGCGUGAAGGGGGCCAAGUGCCUGAACUCGAUUUCCUACAACGAAGCGUGGGAACUCGCGUACUUUGGCGCCAACGUUCUCCACCCGCGCACGACUUUACCGGCGAUGAAGUACAACAUCCCAGUCACGUUGCGCAACUACUUCAACCAAGCCGCGCCAGGGACGUCCAUCGGCAUGGCGUGCCCGCUGCCCGCCGGGGAUGAGGGCAACGUCGGCAAGUUUGAGACUCGCGACAUGAGCGGCGAGCUCGUCAAGGGUAUCGCCACCAUCGACGACGUGUGCCUCAUCAACGUCGAGGGUACGGGCAUGGUUGGUGUGCCGGGCACGGCCAACACUGUGUUCAAAGCCGUCAAGGAAGCUGGCUGCAACGUGGUUAUGAUUUCUCAAGCUUCCUCGGAGCACUCCAUUUGCUUUGCGGUUCGCUCGCACGAGGCGGACGCGGCAGUCGCGGCGCUCAACAAGACGUUCGAGAAAGCCAUCGCCGCCGGUCGCAUCUCUCGAAUCCUCCCUUUGAAGGAUUGUUCCAUCUUGGCCAUCGUCGGGCAGAACAUGUGCCAAACGCCGGGCGUGUCGGCGAUGUUGUUUGAAGCGCUGGCGCAGAGCGCCGUCAACGUCAUCGCCAUCGCGCAAGGGGCGUCCGAGUACAACAUCACGGUCGUCGUCUCCAAGAAGGACGUCAAUAAGGCCCUUCAAGCCGCUCAUGGUCGAUUCUACCUCUCCAAGACCGCGAUUAGCGUCGGUCUCGUGGGACCAGGCCUCGUCGGCAAGACGUUGCUUCGCCAAAUGAAGGAACAACUCGAAACGCUCCAAGACGAGUUUGCGGUUGAACUGCGCGUGGUUGCCAUCACGGGCGGUCGUAAGAUGUUGCUCAGCGACGGUGCGAUCGACUUAGAUUCGUGGGAAGACGAAUACGCUAGUGGUGUGCAGGCGAACAUGGACGACUUCACAAAGCACGUGCUCGAGUCGGAGGCGCCAAACCAAAUCAUCGUCGACUGCUCCGCCUCCGACGUCGUCGCGGGUCACUACAAGGAGUGGUUGUCCAAGGGAUUGCACGUCGUCACGCCGAAUAAGAAGGCGAACAGCGGACCGCUCGCGUAUUACAAGGAAUUGCGUUCCAUUCAACGUAAUUCGUACACGCACUACUUUUAUGAAGGCACCGUCGGCGCCGGCUUGCCCAUCAUCGCCACGCUUCAAAGCCUGCGAAACUCGGGCGACAAGGUCGAGCGCAUCGAAGGCAUCUUCUCCGGUACGCUUUCUUACAUCUUCAACACCUUGGAACCGGGCAAGAAGUUCAGCGACAUCGUGGCGCAGGCCAAGGAAGCGGGAUACACCGAACCCGAUCCCCGCGACGACUUGAGCGGUAUGGACGUCGCUCGCAAGGUGACCAUCUUGGCGCGCGAAUGCGGUUUGAACAUCGAGCUCAGCGAUGUCCCGAUUCAAUCUCUCGUUCCCGAGCCGUUGCGUGACAUCGAAAGCGUGGAUGAGUUCAUGAAGGAGCUUCCCAAGUACGACGGCGAUAUUUUGUCCAAGCAAGAAGAAGCCGCCGCCGCGGGCGAAGUCUUGUGCUUCGUCGGUGUCGUCGACGUCAAGAACGGCACGGGCUCGGUCGAACUCCGUCGUUACCCCGCCGACCAUCCGUUCGCUCAGCUCAAGGGCAGCGACAACAUCGUCUCCUUCACCACAAAGUAUUACACGUCCGCUGGACCCUUAGUCGUUCGCGGUCCGGGCGCCGGCGCCGAGGUCACCGCCGGCGGCGUCUUCGGCGACAUCUUGCGCGUGUGCGCCUACCUCGGCGCUCCGUCAUAA